UGACCACGGCUAACUACACCUGCUGGACGUCGGAGGAGCCGGAGUGCAUGCCUGCAGCCGCGGGAGAGGAGGAGGAGAGACGAGACGAAGGAGAGCGGGACGAGAGGGGGGCAUGCGAGAGAUCCCUCGAGCGCGCGGACCGGGCAGACGAGUGAGAGUCGACGAGAUGACAGAGAAGAGUGGCGUUUUCUGACUGGGAUUUACAAGCUGAGGGUAAUAACUGGAGGUCACUGAAGAGGAGGCUACUUUGCUGAACUGCUGUCUGCUGAGAGGAUGGGAUGUCCUGUCUCCACACAGCUGCUGUUAGCACUGCUGCUGCUGCUGCUCCAGCUGCCGGGGCACCUGGGGCAGGUCACUCCAUCUCUGGGCACGGGACCGUCCGGCUCCCCGCUGCCCACCUCCCCCAUGUCCUCCACCGGGACAGGGGGAGAUGGUGUGGCUGAGACUGGCUCUCCCUCUAACACCACGGCCGGUCCGAGCCUGGUCACCAGCACCGGGGGUGAGGCGGUGGUGACGGAGGCGGUGGAGGAGGACUGGUCUCCGGCAGAGGCGUACCUUUACAGCGGCGACGCUGCCGCUCUGGGUCUGGCCACCUGCCCGCGGUCGUACCGCCUGUCCCCGCCACGCGGCCGGCCGCCCCCGGACCUGGGCCCGCUGCUGCGGCCCGUCACCACAUCAUUGGCCAACGCCGCCAACUUCCUCAACCUGAUCUUCCAGGCCAGCGAGCUGCGCGAGACCAGCAUCCGCGAGGACCUGGAGUGGUACCACGCGCUGGUGCGGUCACUGCUAGAGGGCGACCGGCCGGGCCUGGUGCGCCGCGCGCUGCUCACCUUCGACGCCGACCCGCUCUCCCUGCGGCCCCAGCUGGUCCUCCGCGCCUCCCAGGGUCCGCUGCGGGAGAUCUACCUGCAGGACUUCACGUCCACCUGGGACGACCUCCACCCGGCGCCCCCGGCGCCCGACGACAGCUGGUUCACGGCGCUCAAGUUCGCCGCGCCGCCACAGGUGCUCGCGGGACUCAGCAAACGGGCACUCGUCAACGACCUGACCACCUUGGAGACGCCCAAGUGGGCGCGCGGGGACAGCUAUGUGGCCAACAGCAGCGGCGCGUGCUGGGCCGACGCAGCCUUCCUGGAGUGUGAGGACGGACGCUUCCUGCCCGGCUGGCUGCUGACCCUCACCAUGCCGUUUUACGGCCUCAAGCCUGACCUCAGCCCUGAGUUUAGAGGUGUAAUUCGUGUGGACGUCAACGUUCAGGGCUACGAUAUCGACCAGUGUGCCACGGGGGACGUGUGGUUCGCGGACACUCACCAGUGCAACCGCACCAGCAUGGUGUGUGAGCCCAUACCUGGUCAGGGGUUCCGACUGGGCCAGUACUGCUGCCGCUGUAAAGAGGGAUUCUACAGCCCUGCCCAGGCUGCCCGGGCCACAGGCCCCAAAGGUGGCCGUGCCAACGGUACCCAGGCCUGCUACCCCUCCAUGCCCGUGUGCCUGCCCUGUUGGCCGGGCUGCGCUCGCUGCGAGGACGGCUCUCCAUGCCGGGUCCGGGUGGACUGGCUGCUGCGGGGGGCCGUGAUGACGGUGCAGGCACUCUUCAUGGUGCUGAUCUUCCUCAGCAUGCUCAUCACCUACCAGAACCGGGGGAGCAAGAGGAUACGUGCGUCGGGUCUCCUGCUGUUGGAGACGAUCCUGUUUGGGUCCCUGCUGCUCUAUUUCCCAGUCUUCAUCCUGUUCUUCAGGCCCAGCACUUUCCGCUGUAUCCUGCUUCGGUGGGUCCGACUGCUGGGCUUCGCCAUCGUUUACGGCACCAUGACCCUGAAGAUGUACAGGGUUCUGAAGGUGUUCCUGUCGCGCACAGCCCAGAGGGUGCCUUACAUGUCCAGCACCAGCCUGCUGAGACUGCUGGGAGUCAUGGUGGCCACCGUGAGCUGGUUCCUGUGCGCAUGGACCGCCGGUGUCCUGCAGAACCGCGACCGCAACGUCCCGCUCUUGGUCACCUCCACCACAUCGAAUGGCCAGGCCUUCAACCAGUGUGACAUUGACCGCUGGGACUAUAUGAUGGCUUUGGCGGAGCGCCUGUUCCUCUGCUGGGGCCUCUUCCUGUGCAGCGCAGUGAAGCCAGUGCCCUCGGCCUUCCACGAGCCUCGCUACAUGAGCAUCGCCAUCCACAACGAGAUGAUCCUGUCCUGCAUGUUUCAUCUCCUCCGGUUUUCCCAUCACAGUCUCCAUCCAGACUGGACCCUACUGCUUGAGUUCACUCAUACUCACGCCACUAUCACUGUUACAUUGGGACUGCUCUUCGUUCCAAAGUUCCUACAUGUGACCAAACCGGGGCGGGAGGUGAUAGCAGCUGAGGUGUAUGAGGAUGAGGUGGACCUGCGACGUUCCUACCUCAACAGCAGCUUUGUCUCUGCCUGGAGUGAUCAUGUGGAGCAUGAGGACAUCCGGGAUGAGCUGAAAAAGUUGUACUCUCAGCUGGAAAUCCACAAGACUAAAAAGAUGGCGAACAACAACCCCCACAUUUCUAAAAAGCGAAGCUCGCGUCUGGGGAUCGGGCGUUCCAUCAUAAAGCACAUAACCGACUUCCCAGGGACCAUAUCACGGCAGCAUAGCCGAGAGGAUAGAAGUGGAACGCAUUCUCCAUCACCAAGCCUGUUUUCUGCCAGCUCUAAGAAGCCCAGUGAAAUCACCUACAUCACCUACAGGGAGGAUUACUCCAAAGAGCCAUCACCAAACAUUGUACCCAAGUCCCAGACUGCUUUUGACAAUACUCCUUCAAGGACUCCUUCAAGAACUCCUUCAUUUGCUGGGUCUUUAACACCAAUAUUAGUGGACAAGAGGGCCUCCCAGUACUCACAACAUUCACAACAUUCCCAAUACUCACAACUCUCCCAACAUUCACAGUACUCACAAGCGGAGUCUCUGGACGCACCGCCAAUGGUCUGCAAGUCGGCGAGUGCACACAAUCUUUCUGUUGACAAAAACUUCCUUCAUCCCGAUGACAGCAGGCAGAAGAAGUCACUGAGUGCUGUGGUGACUAGCACAGACUAUUACUCCCUGAUGGAAGAAGCCGCACAGAGUGGCCCCACGACUCCAGUACUAAAACACGUUGGCAGCAUAAAAGAGCAGACAUCUCAGGCCCUUCUUGCUGAAUCGUUUGACAAAGCUGAAGUCUGCCCUUGGGAAGUUGAGGAAGAGAGGCGACCGAGCAAGAAACAUGUUACUAUCUCUAUAGCUAACGAUAAGAAUGAGGAAGAUGCGCCCGCCGAGAAGUCACCCACCUUAAUAAUUUGCCCGUGGGAGAACGUUGAGCAACUGCCUUCGGCCACGAAGCAAAAGAGCAUCGACAGCGUGGACUCAGACGGCGACUCCGUUAGACUGAAGGCUCCAAUCUCCUCGAGUGCUCCAGUGUCGCCAUCGGCAACUGGCAAGGAGAUUCGUGUCUUUUCAUUCCGCUCCACCACCAAAAGCCUCCUCCAUGCUAGGGGCCUAUCGACUGAUAAAACCAAACUCACUGCGACCCUCUCUGUAGAUGUGGCGAAGAAAACCCCGCAGCUCCAGAAAAGGAGCAUGACAACAACAGACCUGAAACCAUUACUUAUGAAGCAGAAUGCAAUAAGACUUUCCUCCACUGAAUCUGCAGACAGGAGCCCUAGGAGAAAGCCUAACCCUGAAGUUCUCGUCUGUCCCUGGGAGUCUGACUUGGAGCUAAACAACACCAAAGGUCCAGAGAGGAUCUAUGAGAAUGUAAUCACACCUCAGAGCAGUUUGAAGAGUAUAGGUUCUGAUGGAAGGGGCAGAUCCAUGCUGCAAGUGCCACCCAGGAGGCAACAAAGCAUAGUGGCUGAUGUUUGUCCCUGGGAGGUGCCAAAACCCCCGGAAGCUAUGGUGUGUCCUUGGGAUGCGCCAGAUGCCACUGUACCUCAGGUUAGAGAAGGUUCCCUCAAGUCAAAUACUGGGGUGCCAAAACCAACUGAGAGAGUGAUUUAUGUCAGUCACUCCGGGGGGACGCCAGAGCCUGGUAGCGUGCCAAAGACACAGGAGACAGUACCUGCUGAGGUGUGCCCGUGGGAGUCGGGGGAACCUGUGCUAAAGCAAGACAGCGCCAAGGCGAAUGUGUGCCCGUGGGAGUCGGGGGAACCUGUGCUAAAGCAAGACAGCGCCAAGGCGAAUGUGUGCCCGUGGGAGUCAGGGGAACCUGUGCAAAAGCAAGACAGCGCCAAGGCGAAUGUGUGCCCGUGGGAGUCGGGGGAACCUGUGCAAAAGCAAGACAGCGCCAAGGCGAAUGUGUGCCCGUGGGAGUCGGGGGAACCUGUGCAAAAGCAAGACAGUGCCAAGGCGAAUGUGUGCCCGUGGGAGUCGGGAGAACCUGUGCAAAAGCAAGACAGCGCCAAGGCUAAUGUGUGCCCGUGGGAGUCAGGGGAACCAGCCGCCGCUGAGGAUAAAAAAACAUCACAGAGUGUAAUUAAGAAAUCCCCACAGCUGACAAAACAGGUGACAGUUAACGUGGAAGCCUGCCCAUGGGAUUCCCCAGAUCAACCUGAACCAGGUAAAAUAAAUAUUUGUCCUUGGGAGGCCGAUAGUCCAAAACCUCCAUUGUCAAAGCAGGCAGCUGUGGUCCAUUCAAGCCAGGAGUCUAUAAAUACGAAAACAGAGCCUAAACAGACUCCAAAACUACAACAGCAACACAGUGUUCAUGCAAAUGUCUGCCCUUGGGAAACAGAAGAAAGCUCAACACCGAAGGACGGAGAAGCAACAAAAGGUCCAGUUAAAGCUGCCCCUAGAAUAUCCCCAACACUGUCCAAGCAUUCAACAAACACAGCCGAAGCAUGUCCUUGGGAUUUCCCUGCACCGCCUCCGCCAUCGGAUGUCUGCCCAUGGGAGGUCGAAAGCGCAGAGCCACAACCUACUCAAACUAAACAGGUGAGUAGGACAUCGUCCAGACAAGGGUCCACCUCAUCUAAAGCUAGUGCUAAGCAAUUCCCGAAACAAGACAGCGUCAGAGGGAAUGUCUGCCCAUGGGAGGUCGAAAGCGCAGAGCCACAACCAACUCAGAUUAAACAGGUGAGUAGGACAUCGUCCAGACAAGGGUCCACCUCAUCUAAAGCUAGCGCUAAGCCAUUCCCGAAACAAGAUAGCGUCAGAGGGAAUGUCUGCCCAUGGGAAUCUCAGGAACCUGAAGGGUCAACACAACAAGAUAGUGCCAAAGCUGACGUCUGUCCGUGGGAAACAGAAAGCACAGAAAAGGGAAGUACUGGUGACAAGCUCAAACAUCAAGGAAGCGUAGCCGCUGACGUCUGUCCGUGGGAAACCGAUACACCAAAAAGGCAAGACAGUGCUCGGGGAAAUGUUUGUCCAUGGGAGACAGGAGGCACUGAGGAAGCGAAGGCAGAUGACAGCACUGCUGCCGUCGGCACCACCGCCGGCCAAGAGAACGCAGAACAAACUGCAGUACCGGCUGCAGAACAAGAAAAUAUACAAUCUCCAACUCUAAGCUCACAAGAGCUGGACUCAGAGAGAUGCAACACGCCCCUGGAGCGUCGCGACGCUCUGUGCCCGUGGUCCACGGAGAGGUCACAACAUGACAACAACUCCGAUGUGUUCACCUGGGAGGAGAACAUUCCAGAGGAGGAUGAGGACCUGGAUGCUGAAUGCGCAGCAGAAGCAUUUGUCUUCCCACCUGACUUGGACUAAGAUUUUGCCAUAGCAUUAACUGUAAACCCUUGCCAUCACAAACAGCCUGCCUGCCAGUGAAGCCAAUGAUGAGAGACAUAGAUCACUCAGUUUGUGAUUCAGAGGUCAGGGUUGUGACAGGGUGGCUUAGCCCACCCAUUCACGAACACCAUCAUAAUGGACAUAAUUGGCCAGACGGCUCUCCCAAGUCCCCACACUCCCUCUACCCUUCAACUUCAUAUUAUAUGUAACUUUUAUGUGUGAAGUAGUGUAUCCCACUUUCUUAGCUCAUGUAAUGCUUCAUUAGCCAAAAAUCUAAAUACUUAAACAGAGAUUUCUAAAUAUCCAUUGGUCUGGGGAAGUUGUGCUCAUAGAAUGUGUAUCAUAUUUUUUCUGAUAUGUCACAAUUCCUCAUAAGCUUCUCCUGAAAACAGUUGCUAUUAACAGAUGUUUUUCCAAACCAUUUAAUGAGAGUUGUUCUCAGUGACAUAGCCUACUAUAGAAAAGAAUGCACUGGACAUUCCAUCCUACUGAGGAGUGAAGGCAAAGAUUCUUUAGUUACCAACUUUAUUAGCCGUCUCUGGUGAAGGACUUCUGAAAUAAAUUGUCUUUGUGAUUCCAUGGCAACGAGAGCAUAGAGUGAUUCAAAGCACUGUCUUCAUAUGUUCUGGUCUGUGCAGCCAAAUUCUCCAAAUGCUGAGGUCAAAGUGAGAGGCGUUGAACUCCAAUGAUGACAUUGUCGUGUUUUCAGAGGUCCAUAGACAUCUCAAAAUGUCAGCUGAAUAAUUUCAAUCUUGUAUCUUAGAUACUGUGAGAAUGUAAACUCCUGAAACUGUUUGAUAUGCCCGCAGUUACAAAUUAUAGUACAGAAUUGUUGUCAUGACAAAAAGGUUUGUCAGCAAGGUCCCUGAAAACUGUUUGCAAUGGUCACUAAUGAUAACUUUCAUUAGACCUUCAUGGAAUGGUGCAACAUGCCCAUAUAAGUAUUGCAAUCAAACAAAAUGUUAAAAACAUGAUUUAAUGAUUAUAUGAUUCUAUAAAAAAUAACUCUAAAUAAGGAAUAAACACUAUAAUGUAACUGUCAGUUAUGGGUUUCAAUUAUUUUGAGUAAUCUUUCAGCUAGAUACAUUUGUUCUUAUUGCAAUUUAAAAUUAUAUAUAAAGUACAAAAGUAGAACUGUUUUAAUUUAUAUUUUCAAUGCAAUAUUGGGGAGGGGGGUUCACAUCUGUGCCAUACUGAUAAUUUUGUUAUAGGUUAGUGAGGAUGUUGGGCAUGUAGCGGCCAGGUUAUCCUCUAUGGAACACAGGUGGUCAGUUCUUCUGUAUGUGUAUCAGAUAAGUUGUAUGAAUCCCUUCUUUUAAAUCUCAUAUCCCAAUGAUAUUGUCUUAAUGUCCCGGUGAAUAUUUAAGUAUUUAUUUUAAAAUUCUUACUUUUAAACUUGAGGCUUGUUGUUGCAGAAAUGUUUGCAUGCAGAUAAUAAAACACAUCCUCUUUGCAAUCUUUGUAUUGGAUGGACAGUAAAGUGUAUUCUCCUUUAAUUUCAGUGAACUGAAAUGUUUACCGCAAUUUACUAUUUUACUUGUUGUGUUUUGUGGUCCUUGAAUGGAUGAGGUGUUUUUCGCAUGAACCUUUGUAAGUAAUCCCUUUUUUGUAUGAUACCAUCUGUCGGAUUAAAAGCAGUCAAUGUAAACGUCACAGAGCUCAUCUGACCAUGCCACAGUGAAGAGGUUUGAGGGAUGUUUUAUUUUUGUAUUUCUGAGAUGU